UAAAAAAAAAAAAAAAUGUUUAUUAUGUUCGUGUCAUAUUACCGAGGGUGAUCUACAUAAAGCUAGGGCUACAUGUCAUUGAGUGGAAAUGGAUAAGCUUAAAUUAUUGACGUAAUUUGGUUACACGAGAUGUUUCUGUUACAGUGUGCUACAUGAGUAUAAAUAAGAAACAAUAGCUUCCUUUUUGUCUUUUUUCUUUUUUUCUCAAAUCAAUUUUUAUAUAUUUACAUGCAGCGCUCUAAUAGUAACCCAACAACCUCGUUAACAAAAAGGAGAUCCUUUCGUGGUUGGCUCAAACGAGUCACUCUUCCUAAUGGUAGCCAAAGAAAGGUCGGACCAGAUAACAUGCCUAAAGGGGGUGUAUUUGGUAUCCCUCUAGUCAUGUCAAUAAAAUACGCAAAGACGACUGUGGGAUAUAUUGAUGAAGACAACAUAAAACACACAAAAGCUGGUGCCAUUCCUAUCAUUGUUGCAAAAUGCGGUUCCUUUCUCAAAAAAAAUGCUCUUGAUGUCGAGGGUAUCUUUCGAAUUUCCGGUAGCGCAAAGCGUGUAAAUGCUCUGGAAUUUCAGUUUGAUCAAAGCACUAGCAGUUAUGGGUUGGAUCUAAACUGGGAAGGUUACACUGUACAUGAUGCAGCAAGUCUUUUCAGAAGAUACUUGAACAGAUUACCUGAUCCGGUUAUCCCUUUUCAAUAUUACCAGCAAUUUCGUGAUGUGAUGAGUAGUAAUCCACCUAAAGACACAGAACAGCGUAUUGAACUGUUUCAAAAGUUGAUCCAAAGCCUGGAGCCUGCCCAUCAACAUCUUUUACUCUAUCUUCUCGAUUUCUUGAACUUAUUCGCCACUGCUGAGGCAGAAACCAAAAUGGAUAUACCUAAUCUCGCUGCAGUCUUUAGCCCUGGUAUUCUUCGCCAUCCAGAUCACAAUACCCCUAUUCAAUACAAAAUUUCUCAACACGUCAUUGAGUUUUUAAUUGAAUUCCAAAAAUUAUUCACCAUGCAGUUGUUGGUCCCUUCUAGAGUAAAGAAGACAGCAAGCAGUAUAGUACCUCCUGUUCCUUUACUUUUACCCUCAUCAGUGGGUAACCAGCUUUCACCUCCUCCAGUUCCAUUACAUGUUGCCAACCCUUCUGCCCCAUCCAUAAAAUCAUCUCUUGCUCCUAGCAGUAUCGACAAUAACUCCUUUAUUGAUUCGCCCCUUGAGAUAACUCAACAACGCAAUGUCCAAUCGCAACCACAACCACAACAAACCAACGACCUUGGAGAUAAACUCAUUCGAUUAGCCACACCUUAUUAUCGCAUUUUGAGACAGAAAAUUACCGAAUUAGGACUUUAUGUGGAACCUAUUGUUGCCAAACCAAUUGCCCUUUUAGCUUGCUUCUCGAUACUCUUUGUUACUGUUGCAGUUGUUAUUUAUGAAUUAUACUUGGCUGCUACUUUGGUUAGCUUUGAACCUUUAAUGUUCUUUACUGGACUAGCUUCUUAUUGGGGACUUUUAUAUCACAAUGAAGAGCCUUCGUCCUCCUCAUCCGCCUCCAUUUUUGCAGCAGACAAUGAUUCAGUUAUGAGCAGAUCUAGCCGAUUUAAUGAAGAGGAGGACUUUGCCCCUCCUAGUGAUGGUAGCAGUUCGAGCGAUGAAGAUGAAGAUCUCGGAUUCGAUCCCGCUACUCUUGAAGCUUAUUUUACGCAGUAUGACAAAGAGAAAACAGACCAAAUUAAAAGAGAUGCUGAGUUAGCCCAAAAACUUCAAAUUGAAGAACAAAAGGCGCGUGAUGAAAAUAAUCCCUUUGUUGUAGAAACUAUGGCCGUCGGUAAAGCUCCUAUUGAUGCUUUCGACGAUGAUAAGGUAACCACACCAACUGACAAAGAAGCUUGGAAAAUCAGAGUCUUUCGCGACCAAUAA